AUGGCACCUAAACGAGCAAAGAGAGUUGUGAAUGUAACGACCAACUCGAACGAUAAUAACCAUCUUUCAUUUCAAACACAGGUAGCGGGAUCCGGAUAUCAGUCGAAAUCAUUCACUACCAAUCAAAGCUCAACACAAGGUAUCGCCGGUUUGACAACAGGAGCUGAAGGGGGUGAGGACGAAAAUCAAGAGAAUCGAAGCGAUAGUCAACUACAAAGCGUCAACAAGCGGCACUCCGACGUAUGGGAGUACAUGAAGAAGCAUGACAAUGACAAAGCGAGCUGCAAUCGAUGCGGGGCAGUGCUGAGUCGAAAAAACGGUGGAACUACUGGCUUGCGAAAGCACCUGCAUCAAAUGCACAAAAUGAAUCAAUUCGCAGCUUCCUCAGUAACGAAAAAAUCACAAGGGAUCAGGUUUCCGUCGGAGAUGAAGAAGAAACUCGAUACACUAGUCGUUGAAUGUGUGAUCGAAGAUGGGAGAAGUUUCGACGACUUAAGACGUUCGGGCCUUCUAAAGAUAUUCAAGCAGGUGGCACCAGGGUACACACCUCCUCAUCGACAAACAGUUCAAAAGAGGCUCGUUCGAUUGUAUUCUGAACACAAACGGCGCUUGAUUAAUCGAUUGUCUACUGUUUCAUGGAUUGCAAUGACAUGUGAUUUCUGGUCAGAUAAACGCUUAUAUUCUUAUCUGUGUAUCACCGGUCAUUACAUCACGUCCAAUUUCGAACCGAAGUCAGAAGUUCUUGCUUUCUCGUCAUUCGAACAGCGACAUUAUUCUACUAAUAUUGCCCAUACUCUUCAAGAGAAACUGAAGGAAUUAAACAUACUGGAAAAAACCACCACGAUAACAACGGACGGAGCCGCGAAUAUGGUGAAAACAUUCGAGUCAUUCAGAUCGGGAAUAAAACGCGUUGGUUGUAUUGCUCAUCGAUUACAUUUGACAGUAUGCAAUAGCCUUGGUCUCUGGAUGCGUAAGAAAAAACAGCCAGCUUCCUCUUCGAUCACAACAGCAGCAUCUACGAUCGCAGCACUAGAUCCAGAUGAUUCCGACGAAGAGGACUAUACCGAUGACGGGUGUCUUUCACCUACUGUUUUAUUUAACAAGAAUAUCGUUCGAUCAAGUGACGACUCGCAGCUAUCCAUGGAUGUUGAUGAUGACGCCAUGAGCGUUGGUUCAAAUGACGAGGAUCAACUCGUCAUCGAUGACGAUAUCGUCGAGGACGAAUUCGAUGAUUCAUGCGCCGAUCUUGUUGACAACUGGUCGCAAGACGUUGUGGUGGAGUUUGAUCCGUCGACGUGCGUAGCGGAACAAACAUCAAUCGGGCUUCUCAUGAAGAAGUGCCGCACGUUCGUGAAAUUGGUGAACAAGUCGUCAAUUCUAAAAGGAUACGUGGAUAAGCUCAAGAAAGAAUUUAAAGUGAAGCGUUCACUGCAAAUGGAUUGCAAGAGCCGAUGGAGUUCUACUCAUUAUCUUCUUCAAACGAUGACCACUUACAAGAAGUUAAUUAAUCGGCUCUACAGCGAAAAACAUGACAUUGGAUUGAAUGAUAAGCAAGUUAAAAAGCUCAUAUCCAUUGAAUUGGACAAAUUGGACUGGACGACGAUCGAAGCCAUCGAACGUGUUCUUCAUCCGUUCGCCAAAGCGACUAAACUCGUCAGCGGCAAACAAUAUCCAACAAUCGGCAUUAGUUAUUUUGCUAUCUCUCAGAUUCGAGAGUACCUAGAGGAUGAACAAUCCUCUGACUCCAGUGAUCCGGACAUUCUUUCUCGUUUAAAGCAACUCCUAAUAUUCUACAUGGAGAAAUACUUCGAGAAGGAUGUCGAUCAAUGGAACCUACUCAAGAAACAUGCUUACUUUGAUCCGGUGGGCUUCGGUGUCCUUCAGCGUGCGGAACGACGAGCAAUUGAGCGUGAGUUGACCGAGUUAUAUGAGAAAGUGGCUAGCGAAGCAGUCGACAACACAGAGAACGAAAUGGAUGGACCGUUGUCGUCGAACAACACUUCAACAUACAUACCUCGUGAUUCAAAACGAUCGAGAAUGAUUGAUUUCUUGGACUCGAUGGACAGAAAGAAGGUGGCCUCGUUACCAGUUCGACGAUCGAAUUCGCGCAACUCUUUGGGAGAAGAGCUUUCAAUAUACCGGUCACUGGCACAGAAACGUUACAAUGAAGUUGUGGAAGGUGUUGACGAUGGCGAUGCUGUAAGCUCAAGGCAGUCAGUAGUGAUUCCUCUGUUAACCGAUCGUCUUUAUGCCGUUUAG